AUGUUUCGCCAGUCUUCGUGUGAAUACUCCAGACCAAUGUCUUUUGGCCAGGGCAAUUGCCACCCUAACGAUGGGUUGGAAGACUUCUAUGGGAGUAUACAGUCUCAGUGGCCAACUUUAGAGCGCUCUCCCUACAUAGCGGUCACCCAACCCUAUAACGCACCGUCAGCGUACCAAAACCCGGCGCUUAUGACACCAAUCAGCCUUCCGGACAGUUCAUACGUACAUCCACGACCCAGCCCUGUGCUCAGUCACCAUUCCCAAGAGUAUCAGUACCCUGUUUCCGAGCCUGGAGUCCAUCACGGACUUGGGAUUACGACAACUUUUCCGAGCGAGUUGACCCGAGACCCAAGCAUUGGCCUGGGAAUUGCGCCCAGCGGAUACGCACUGAGAGAAGGAACAAUCUCACCGCCACCAUCAAAGAAAAGACCUCGAAGAGGCUCCAAACAAUCUAUAUCGCGCGAGCCCCCAGUGUCAAUCCUCCCACAUCCAGAAGGGCUUCAGCGCCUGGAACAAGAGAGACGGCAUAGCAAUUCCGAGUCGCAUCCCCAACGCCCCCGGGCCCCAGGACGCGGACGCAGGGACCCACAAGCCGAAGAGGAAGAUGCCUUUGUAGAGCAGCUUCGGGAGCAGAACCUCGCAUGGAGGGUCAUCCGGGAGAUGUUCCGUGAACGAUACAACAAGGACGCAACCGAGGCGCGCCUACAGAUGCGACAGCUGCGCAGACGUAAGGAACGCCUGCAGCGGUGGGAAGAGCACGAUGUACAGGUUCUUUUACGCGCUAGACAUUAUUGGGAACAGGAAAAGUACAAGUUGAUUGCACAAAAGAUGACAGAAUUCGGGGCCAGUACUUUUUUCACAGCAGAACAAUGCGAGGCGCAAUUAGAGUACAUUGAUGCGCAGGAACGCGAAAGAGAGGAACAAGAGAGCGAACCGGAACCACAAGCGACUUCUGAGCUAAGGCGCAAACGACGGCGAACCGAAUCAACAACUUCAAAUUCGAAAAAAUCAACCGGAGAGAAGAGACCCAAGACAACGCGCUAG